CCCCCUCGCCCCCCGCUCAUGAAUAUUCACCGCUCCCCUCCCCGUGACGUCGCCGCGGUCCCGGGGCGGGGGCCGGAGCCGCCCCGGUACCGGCCGUGAGUGAGGGCGGAUGAGGGAGCGGCGGCGGCAGCCCCGGCCCCAGCCCCAGCCCCAGCCGCAGCCGGGAGCCGCCGCGCAGGGCGGGCAGGACGCGGGCAGGGCCGGCGCCGCGGCGGGGAUGCGGCGGCGCUGCUGGGGACCGGCGGCGCUGCUGCCGCUGCCGCCGCUGCUGCUGCUGCUGCUGCUGCUGCUGCUGCCGGGGCUGUGCAGCCCGCUCGCCGCCAAAGUGAACAAACAUAAACCCUGGAUUGAGACAUCAUACCAUGGAAUCAUAACCGAAAAUAAUGACACUGUAAUUUUGGAUCCUCCUCUUGUUGCUUUGGAUAAAGAUGCACCUGUUCCCUUUGCAGGUGAGAUCUGUGCUUUUAAAAUCCAUGGACAAGAAAUGCCCUUUGAGGCUGUUGUGCUAAACAAGACAUCUGGAGAAGGUCGUCUUCGAGCAAAAAGUCCUAUUGACUGUGAACUGCAGAAGGAAUACACAUUCAUCAUACAGGCGUAUGACUGUGGAUCAGGACCAAGUGGAACAAACUGGAAGAAAUCUCACAAGGCAGUGGUCCAUAUCCAGGUAAAGGAUGUCAAUGAGUUUUCACCAGCUUUCAAGGAGAGUGUGUAUAAGGCCACUGUGACGGAAGGAAAGAUCUAUGAUAGCAUACUGCAGGUAGAAGCUAUGGACGAGGACUGUUCUCCACAGUAUAGCCAGAUCUGCAAUUAUGAAAUUGUCACGACAGAUGUUCCUUUUGCCAUUGACAGAAAUGGUAACAUCAGAAACACUGAGAAGCUGAACUAUGACAAGCAGCAUCAGUACGAGAUAAUGGUAACAGCAUUUGACUGUGGGCAAAAACAUGCAAGAGAUGAUGUCUUAGUACGCGUUAAUGUAAAACCAGUGUGCAAACCAGGCUGGCAAGACUGGAACAAACGUAUUGAAUACAAGCCUGGUUCUGGCAGCAUACCUUUGUUUCCCAGCAUUCAUCUAGAAACAUGUGAUGGACCAGUUUCCUCCAUACAUACAACCAUUGAAUUGCAGACCAAUUACAUUGGGAAGGGCUGUGAUCGUGAAACAUACUCAGAAAAAUCUCUGCAGAAACUAUGUGGAGCAUCCUCAGGUGCCAUUGACCUGUUACCAUCUCCCAGUGCAACAACUAAUUGGACAGCUGGGCUUCUCAUGGAUAACAAUGACAUAAUUUUUAAAUUUGAUGGAAAGCAAGGAGCCAAAAUUCCAGAUGGAAUAGUCCCAAAGAAUUUAACUGAUCAAUUCACCAUAACUCUGUGGAUGAAACAUGGACCUAGCCCAGGAUUAAGAGCUGAGAAAGAGACUAUUCUCUGCAACUCAGACAAGACAGAGAUGAACCGACAUCACUAUGCCUUGUAUGUGCACAACUGUCGAUUAGUGUUUCUGUUGCGUAAAGACUUCGAUCAGGCUGACACAUUUCGCCCUGCGGAGUUCCAUUGGAAACUGGAUCAGAUUUGUGAUAAAGAAUGGCAUUACUAUGUUGUCAAUGUUGAGUUUCCCGUUGUUACGUUAUAUAUGGAUGGAACAACAUAUGAACCUUAUCUUGUGACCAACGAUUGGCCCAUCCACCCUUCACACAUAGCCAUGCAGCUGACAAUUGGUGCUUGUUGGCAAGGAGGUGAAGUCACCAAGCCCAGGUUUGCUCAGUAUUUCCACGGCAGCCUAGCCAGUCUAACUAUCCGCCCAGGCAAAAUUGAGAGCCAGAAAGUGAUUUCCUGUUUGCAGGCCUGCAAGGAAGGUCUGGAUAUUAAUUCACUUGAGAGUCUUGGCCAAGGAAUAAAGUAUCACUUCAACCCUUCCCAGUCAGUCCUUGUCAUGGAAGGAGAUGACAUUGAGAAUAUAAAUCAAGCUCUCCGAAAGGUCUCAUACAUCAACUCUAGACAGUUUCCUACUGCAGGCGUACGACGUCUCAAAGUCUCAUCUACAGUCCAAUGUUUUGGUGAAGAUAUCUGCAUUAGUAUCCCAGAUAUCGAUGCGUAUGUAAUGGUGUUUCAGGCCAAUGAGCCCAAGAUUACAAUAAGUGGGAUGGACCACUUUGCUAGACCAGCUGCACAAUUUGAAAGUGAAAGAGGUGUUACUCUGUUACCUGACAUAAGGAUUGUCAGCACAGUCACUAAAAUGGAGCAUCCAGUGGACUUAAAAGAAAAUGAUGGAGUCAAGAAGCCAGUGGAAUUAGAGGAAGUGCUCCACAACUUGGAUUUCUGUGAUAUUUUGGUCAGUGGUGCAGAACUAGAUCCUGAACAAGAGUGUUUAGAACUAGAUCAUGCGGUGCUUCAAGGAAAACAUCUAGAUGCUACAAAUUCCACAGCAGGAUAUUCGAUCUAUGGUGUGGACUCCAUGCACAACUAUGAGCUGGUUCUUCAGCAGAUUCGAUAUCGUAACUGGUACACUUCUGCCACCUUUGACAGAAAGUUCAGAGUCAAGUGCUCUGAGCUAAAUGGGCGUUAUACCAGCAAUGAAUUCAUCUUGGAGGUUAAUAUUCUACACAGCUCAAACUCCAACUUUAUGGAUCAUGUAAACCAUAUGAUAGUACAGCCGCAGUUUCUCCAGUCUGUCCACCAUCCAGAGGGAAGCAUAAGUACUGUUCACAACUCAGUUGUUCCAAGUGUGGCUACUAUUGUUAUUGUGAUCUGUGUGAGCAUACUUAUUGUCAUCAUAGCCUUGGGGAUCUAUAGAAUUCGGACAGCUCAUCAGCACAGCUCUACAGACAAUGAAGGAAGUAAAGAAAAUGAAAUGGAUUGGGAUGAUUCUGCUCUGACUAUUACUGUCAACCCCAUGGAGAAAUAUGAAAAGCCUCACCAGGCAGAAGAGGAGAGUGAGGAGGAAGAAGACAUAGAAGAUGAAGAGGAAGACACGACCAGUGCUGAAUCCGAUGAAAGUGAAGAGGAGGAGGAGGAGGAAGAGGAAGACGUGAUUGUUCAAAAGGGAGACAAACAGAAUGCCACCAGGCAAGAGCAGUUGGAGUGGGAUGAUUCAACACUGCCAUACUAACGUACAUACUCUGGCCACAUUGCUCCUUUUGUAACCACCAAUACAAUGCUUUUCAGAGUCUAUGAAUUCAUUGACAGGAUUUGAACUUCUGCUUGCCUAUAACUGUUGUUUUGCCUAAAAUGAUCUUGUUGUAGUAAUUGGUGAUAGAACUGAACCUUUUCCUACAAAGCUUGGAGAAUGCAUGGUGCAAAAAUACUGGCAUCACCAGUAAUAGAGUAAUCUAGAACGUGAUCUGUUAGCAAGUAUAGGCUUCAAUUUCUUGUUUCUGUACCACAGGCCUCUGACGAAAGUCCUGUCACUCAAUCCAUAGCGGUUUUUGCCUUUGCUAUUUUUUUCAUACAGGAGAGAUUUCAGCUUGUUAUGAAGAUUUAUCUAUAUGGGUCCAAAUAACACAGCAGCCAUUUGGCUUCACACUUUUACAGGUGUAAAAAUAUAAUUCUAUUUCAAAUUAGGACAGUUUUAGUGCUACAGGUGACAGAGACUGUAUUCCAUUUGUCGUCUCUUCCUGCCAUCUUGGAUAUUAACUGUCUUCUACAAGGGAAUAUUUAGGACUUGACCUGGGAUGCAUGUGCGCCUAUGUAAAAAUGGACAGUGUAUUUUUCAGGAAUGCUGUCAGAACCCUGAAGACAGGGACUUUAUCCAAUUUGCCCAUUGAGGCUUAAGAAAGUUUAAAAAAAAAAAAAAAAGCAACAAACCAGCAACAAGGGGAUGCUGAAGGUUACAAAAAAUAAAAUAAACCAUUGUAUAUCCACAAAUUAAUAUGAUCUUACAGAAACUGUAAAUUCUAAUGGAAUUGAUAUACUGAAAACCUGUAGAGUUGCUCAUUAGUUAUGGAUUGAACAAUUUGCAGCAAAUCAAUGCUUUAACCGUCUGUCUCGUAAAAUCAUUAGCUUGCUGCAGUAUCUUACUGAAGUAGAGGAAAAUAAGUGACCCCAUUAUUCCACAGGUAUGUACAGUUGGGAUUUAAACAAUGAUUUUUACAUGAAGAAAAAGUUCCCUUUUGCUUUAUUGAAUGCCAGCUGGAAUUCCUGUAUGGCUUCAUUCUGUAAAACAUUAUGCCCUGUUUCUUCUGUACACUUACCACCCAUGAGUGGCACAAGAGAAACAUACAUCUAUCAGCCCUCUUGUGCUCAUAAUUUGCCCGCAUUUCUUCUUCCUGAAGCCAUUUUUGUUGACAAAAGGUUUUAUAGAGUAGAACAAGAACAAAUAAAACCUACCUGGAACCAAAAGAAGAGAAGAGAAAAAAAAAAUCCUAAGAGGUUGAGAGAGUAUUUUAGUUUGUUAUGGUAACACAGCAUAUUUUUCUUAUACACUGUUUAAAGGAAAAAAAAAAGGCUACGUAAAAUGUGUUGGUAAGUCUGUGUGGUGUGUUUUCCGUCCCCUUUCCUUAAUAGUCUUUGUAUCUUCAAAUGCUCUGCAUACCAAAUGAUGCAGCACUAGCUAGGAUAACUGUUCUAAUGCAUAUAAAAAAAAAAAAAAACAAACAACAAAUGGCAUGGAAGUGAAUGCUGCCUAGUGGCUUUUCUGCUCCUUUCCCAAGUAGUUCCUUUUCUUUAUUACUUCAUUGCUGACUUUAGCAUUUGUAAUUUGCUACUUCAAAUGAGUUACUUACUCUUUUCUUCUCUCCCAAAGAAACAAGCAAUCAGUCUUGCCACAAUAGGAUGUUCUUGAGCACUCAUGAAUGGUAGCUGAUCCCACAAAGAAUAACCUAAGCGAUUUUGAGGGUAUCUACCUCCCUCAAUAGUUUCUGUUUAUUAGAAACUGGUCUUAGAAUAUAGAGAAUGUAUUGUUUUUUUGUUGUUGUUGUUGUUUGUUUUGUUUUUAAUUUAUCAUCAGUGUUUUGGUUUGGUUUUGUUUGUUUGUUUUUUAAUUACAGCUUCUGCAUCUGAUAGCUGUAAGGAAAGAUGGACCUCAACUGGUCACUGUAGUUUAAUAACUGGAAAGUAAAUGAAAAGAACCCUAAAUAUAUUUUAAAAUUUGAUAUCCUUAUGCUGUUUUUUGUUGUUGUUAAGACUGGCAAUACACAAGUUUUCUUAUAUGUGUAGUCCUAUUUGAUUUUUGUACUGGUCUUUUACAUGAAUUAAAAUAAUAUUUGCAGAAUUGAGCCCAGAUACAUAAAAAAUUAUCUGCAGGAAUAAAGAUCAUAUAAAAUGAACUAAAAUUUCUGUUUAUGUACCAUCUAACCAGAACAGAAAGAUUUAUGUUAAAACAUUUCCUAGCAUCCUAGCACCCUACAUCAUUUCCUGGUGUUAAUUUUUUUGUUAGUGACAAGAAGCAGGCCCUUCAUGAUGCUUGUUAUCAGCACAUUUGUUAGCAAAUCUUUCUGUUCAGGAAAAAAAAAAAAAAAGGAGAGAUCUAAAAUUAAAAGUAGAUAUGUAAAUGUCAAUUUCAGUUUUAAAAGUGGACUUAAAUUAUUUUUAAAGUCUCUGUUGUUCCUAGUUAUUAUUAUUGUUGUUAUCACAGCAAACGUUAGGGCAACUUAAAAACAGCAAUUUAGAAUCUGACAUCUGCCUUUAAUUCUUUUAUAAAUUUGUUUCUAUAUAGGUGUAUUUGUUCAUCUAGUGUGUUGUUGUGUUUUGUUUUUUUUUGUCUUUUUACUACUGGAAGCAAAUCUUUUCAGGUCAUGCUGGUACAUUACAAAAGAAGCAAACAUGACGUAUUUUCUCUACUGUAAAUAAACCUACCUUUUUAGACCUAAGCAUGGUAAUACAAGAAUGUGUGUUAUCACUAGAAUUUGGUUUGCAACAAAAUAUUCAGAAUGUAUCACUGUACAUAUCUUAGAUUGCUAGUUGGGGUGGCUUAUACAGCAUUUUUCAUUCAGGUGAACAGAAAAAUCCUUUUCCCAAAAUGUUAGUGAGAAUAAGCUAUUUCUUCACGAAAUGGACCUUAGCAUAUUUGUGUAGAAUUUGACAAGAAUGGCUUUAUUAGCAAAAGCCUACUAGUAGAAUAAUAUAUAAAUAUGGAACUUGGAACUAAUUUUAACAAUAUUGCCUCCUCUCCAUUAAUUUUUUGGACAUAAACUAGGUGCUUAGAAACCAAGCAAGAACGCAUACAUCUAUACAGGCAUGCAAGCACAUGCACAGAUCUCCCUUAAAAGCCAAAAAUACUCUACUUUCAUUAAAAGAAAAAAAGUGUUUACGCUGCAAACUCUGAAAGGGCAACUGCAGUGUCUGACGUGUCAAGUUGUAAUGUUCAUCCUUACCCCAGUUGCAAGGUUGUGCUAUCAACACACACACACACACACACACACACACAGAAAGGUGGCUCUUUUUUUUACAGUAGCAGUAAACAAGUGCAUCCAAAAAACAUCCCUGAAAAGGUACCUGUAAUAAAUGACAUCUGUGACUCCAGAGAUUUAAAAUGACAUCAGACUAAGGAAUGCUUUUAAAUUACAGGAUUAAAAUUACAAAAUUAUACAAAAUUAACUCAAGGCUGGGAGAAAAAAGAAAAAAAAAAAAACAACAAACAAACCUACAAACGUUAAGAUGGUGAUACACUGUUAUCUGCAUUAAUGUAACAGUCUAAGUUGCUUUUUUGUGAUGACUAGAUCAUAUUUCUUCUUCACUUCCUUCCCCUCCAUGGAUAUUUUAUCUUUGCAAACAGAAGCAGACCUAAAGAUGCACAGUUGUUGAGAUCAAUCUCAGUCUGUACUGCAUUGGCUGACACCAGUUCAAAUUAGAAAUAGACGUAAGGUUUGUGACAUCUUUAAUGCUAAUUAAAAUAAAAUGUUGUUUGUGCUGAAAUAUUUGGUCAUUCAAAAAAGCAGUAGUGUCCUGCAUUGGUGGCUCAGCUGCUUUCAAACUGAUGAGAACCUCCCCUUCCAAGGGCUACUGUACAGGUGCAAUCUAGUUCCCUUCCUGGUGUGUUGUGCUGGGCUUGCUCUGAACGUGCACCAUCUGUGCUUCAUUCAGGAGGAAAAUAAGACUCAGAAAGGGUCAGAGGGUGAUAAAGGUUAUGUGGUAGGAAUGGAAUCCACUGUUCCCAUCACACAAGCUGCCCCUUCUGCAAAGGUGAACAUGAUGCCAUAGGACAUUAGCAGCCCCAGGAUAAGGAAUGGCCAGAAGAUAAUUCAAGUAGCAGCCCUAACUUUACUUCAGCAAACUUUCUGAAUCCUGUGCGUACUGAUUGUGUCUCUUUCCCUAACCCAAGAGGCAACUCUAAUGCUUUUACCUGGUGGGGAUCCCAUCAGGCUGUGAGAUAAUGCUGCCUCUAAUGGAAGUUUUGGUGCCAGCAUGUGCACCACCCCCAUCAUCUCCACUGCCAUCCAUGCUUAGCAGAUGAGGAAAAUGUCAUGCUUUACGGAGGUGACAGCAGGUAAAAGUCCAAUGGGGUGGCCCCAACAAGCUGCUGCUGGUGUUCUGGAAUAUACAAUAUACCAAAAUUAAGGAGGGUUGUAGGAGCAUGUGGAUAGUUAUUUAGUAUUGACUUAUUUAGGGAGAGGAAAUUAAACUGUGAGGACAUCUCCAGUGCUUGAAAACCUCUCUUCUUUCCUUAAUUCCGAAUGCUGACUAGAUUAAGUAUACCCAUACCAGUAUAGCACUACCAGGUUUUGUAUGUGUAGUGAAAAUGACAAUAAACACCUCUUAGCAUAAUACAACGUCCAUAUGAAAUAUUUCCAGGAAUAUAGCUGGUAGCAAAGGAGCCAGAUACUAUCAUGAUUAACACCUUAAUUUUAUUUAUUUAGCAGCAAAUUUGUUUCACCUUUGUAGUUGUUUCCUGGAUGUAUACUAUUUCUGCACUACUCCUAAAAAAGUCCCCACAGAUUCAACAGCAACAGUAAGAGAACACCUCAUUUGACAAAAAAUGAAGGUAUCAUAAUUUAUACAAAGGUAUUUUCAAUAUAGUUAGCUAUUUGUCUUUUGUUUCUUGAUAAAAUCCCAGUGUUGGAAAAAAAAAAAAAAAAAAAAAAUGAAGUAAUUUUUUUGACAAAUACUGACAGUUUUUCAGAGCAAGAAACCAUAGUGAUACAAGUAGAAGUUUGAAAAACACACACAAACUGAUACUAUAUUGCAUGCAUAUAUAUGUGACUUAAAAUAUUUAACCUAUUUGUAUAGAAAUAUACUACCUAGCUUGGAAAUACACAUCUUGUUUUCUCCAGGGUUUUCUAUGAAGCUGUAUAGAUUCAAGCAGCACAUCUAGAGAUGAAGAAUAGCUGAAAAUGCUGGAAUCAAAGUACAUAGAGUCUGUGCCCUUACAAUAUGCCAAUUUGGUAUUUUUGAGGAUUCCAGUCUCAUACUAGUCAACUUCUGGAAACUUGAAAAUCAGAGACAAAUCACCAAUGAGCUCUGUUUCUGCCCUGGUAAAAUUACUAACAAAAAAAAUGGAAAUACUGGCUACGGGAGGGUGGGGGGAGGGCUGAAUGUGUAGUAAAGCAGCCUCAGCUUGAUGUGUCACACGCUUUUGAUGGUACACCUUAGGAUUGUGCACCCCUGCAUGAUCUCUGUCACUGCUAACCUUUCCUUAGCAUCUGAUUCAGGAGGUUUGCACACACCAGUCACACAAAGCUAAGGCAAAGAGAGAAAUAAUUUAAAAAAAAAAAAAAAAGAGCGAGACAGUCAAAUAGAUCAAAAGUAAAAAUGCCUCUGAAAAUACUAAUUGUAUGUAAUGCUUGUUACAUAAAUAUGAUUUUCCUCAUGGUUCAGUCAGUAUCAACAAUCAUAUAAUAAUACUGGGUUUCUGCCUCCUCAUGCUAACCUAAGCAAGAUGGCAGGCUUUGUUCAGGCCACAUCAUCAAAGCCCAGAUUCUUUAGACCUCAUAGGGUCAAAAGUGAUGCAGGUGUUGCCAACAAAACACCUCAGUCCUUUUGGCUAAUCCAUACUUCAUAAGAUAUUACACUUUUUACAGCACCCAAAAGCAAACAGUGAUCCUGCACAAUCUUUGAGAAUUAGAAAAACAUAAGAAAACAGAAGAAAUGAGAAGAAAAAGGAGAAGAGACGAAAGGAGAACAUAACAACCAGUGCUGGGUGUGUUUUAAGCUGAAAAACUUCAGGUCACUGAAUGUGUUCGGCUUCCCGGUAAAAGAGAUGAUGAGAGACUCAGAUGAAUCAACAGAUGAAUUCAGGUGUAUCCUGUGAUCAGAUCAGACUGUUUGCUUUAGCACUGGGGUCUUUUUUGUUGCUGUUUGGCGUAUUUUUUUAGAUUAGUUUCUCCUGGGAGCCAGAUUCUUUUUUAUUAGAGAAUAAAGACACAUUUGAAGGAUGAACACUAAUGCUACAGCAGGGUAAACCAAGUAGUCUGUUAAUGUACCCAAAACCACAAAAUAUUUCUGCAAAAUAUAUCAGGAAGAUUACUCUACAGGUGUCUCAGCAGGUAACUAAACUUCAUUGCCUUUUAUAUGUAACAGGGUACAAGCCUGGUAUAUUUUAGGGACUUCUUUUAAUUUAUUUUUUUCCCCUAAAGAAGAGAGUCUUAAAACAGAAAUUUGGAAUGCUCAAACUAAGCAAAAGGGGAAGGGAUGCAUGGACAUGGACUUUUUCUACACAAACUUAUGUCUAAUAAAUGAUUUAAAUAUGUAUGUAUAUAUAUAUAUAUAUAUAUAUAUAUAUACACAUAUAUAUAUAUAUUCUUACACCCACACAACUGAAGGUUGACACAGGACAAUGAAGCCAGGAGGUGAUAUAUGUUCAUAUCUAAUUUAAUUCCUGGCGAUGAAUGUCUCUAGAUCAGGUUUCUUGUUUCCCAAGGGGAAAUUUUGCUGCCUUCUGAGUAGUUAUUGACAGUGAUUCAAUAGUUAGAGUUACAGUUUCCAUUCUCUCCUUGUAAAUAGGAAUAAUGAUAGCGAAAUACUUUGCAAAGCACUAUGAGCCCCGUAGUUGAAAAGCACUGCCAAAGAGCUUGCUGGCAUUACAAUCCAAUAAUUUUGUUGCAGCACUACUUACAGACCUCCAUUGCAGAGCAUCCUAGACACACAAAAUGAAUGGGAAUGGUUACAGUCAAAAAUUUGAGACUCCUGUUUCCUUGGUUAUUGCUUAGGAGGAAACAGCCACAAUAGUUUGAAACAUUACCAACAUUUAAAAGAGCGUUCAGAAAAAGCCCUCAUUCCUAUUUUCAGUUCUGUAACUCGUGGAAAUUCUGCAUUCAUCAGCUGUAGAAGCUACAGGGCCACGUACUGUCAGUAUUUAUGCCUCUGCUGAGAGCAAAGAAGCAGAAGAAAUUUUUUCAAAGCUAAGUACAUUGUUUGAUAAAGGAGAGCAGCUUUCACUAGGCAAGGUGCAUAAAGCCUGCCAAAGGCAAAGAAAAAUUGUUUCCAAAUGUAGGACAAAAGUUUUACAAUAGUACUAUAACACUACAUCUGUAUACUACCGAAACCCAGAAAUUUUGUGGGAGUAAAGGCUUUCUGCUGCCCUACUUUCUAUAACUCUGGAUACAGUUUUGCAUUUUCAGAGUUUAACUUCCUUGCUAGAUAUAAAAUUCUUUCAGGUUCCUUUAGGUUUAUUAACAAAUAAACUAUUUUCUAGCUUAAUUUUUCAGUAUAUAUGAACAAAAAAAAACUAUACAAAUUGUUAAAAUUACAUCUUCUUUUCUUUAUAUUUCUUUCUCCCUUAAAUGUAUAAAUGACUGUAAAAGAUUAGACCAGAUAACCCUGACCAAGUCUGCUACUAUAUGCUAUAUAUACAAAUCAGUAUUGAAACUGGCAGCAGAUUUUUGCCUAUGGUCUGUUAAUGUGCACAUACUGACAUGAGGAGGUGGAUGGUUUUAACUGGGCAUGUUCUUUGGAAUGUGGAUUGGAUUAAUUGCAGUCAGUUCUUUUUAAAAACUGAAUUAUAUUUGGACAAGAGUGAACAAAAGAGGGAAGAAAGAAUAAUCCAUGAAUAAUGAACAGAGAGAGUUAAGGUUUGAAGUUGAUGUAAAACAAACAAACAAACCAACCCUGGAAUUUACUAGAGGGACUAAAAGCUUGAGUGUCAAACAGUAAUAAAAUGGAAACAUGCCAUCUGCAUGUCCAGAACUGACAGUUAUCAGCAGUCAACAAGAAGAACUGAAUACAGGAUGUUGACAGGUUCCUGAGAUGAUGGGGUGUGUGUGUGUGUGUGUAUAUAUAUAUAUAUAUUUAAAAAAUGCCUAAUACUACUUCAUCAUUCCCAGCAUGGAGGUAGUUGUGGUAAUGAACUAGAACCUGAAGUAUUCUGAAAUGGUUGUUGCUGCCCAUAGCUGGUUCAUUAGUUACAGCACCUCCAGCAGAGCUGGGAAGGGAGCAAGACCAUGACAAAUAUUACUGCACCAUGCCUGCAUUAAGUAGGAAAUGCUGUAUGGCUAAGGCUGGCCAAUGGUGAUUUGAGCCAAAGCAUUUGGUCUGCAGUGACUCAAAUAUAAUGGUAGUUAUCACACGUUUUAAUUUGAAGUGUGAAAUGAAACUUUUGCACAACAACUGUGUUGCUAAGUUUUAGAGAGUUUGUGCAACCAACAUACUCCAUAGAUUGGAGGAGGAACUGGGAACACCCAACAAAGACUGUACUCCACGUUGUAAAGGUCCUUAGGUAAAUGUAUUGUCACAAUCCAAUUUCUUAACUGUACAUAUAGUUAGGAACCUUGAUUUUGAAGAGACACAAAAUGAAAAAAAAAAAAAUCAAGGAUAAUAGUAAUCCCUGUCCAAUUCUGAGAGCUGAAGCUGUUAUCUCCAUUCUCAGAAUCAAACACUGGCAUGUUUAUUGUUAGAUUCUCCACAAAGCAAUCCAAAACAUGAAGAGGAUAUCUCAAAAUAUUUUAUAUCAUUGUAAAUACUGCACUGGUAGAAUCUCAAAUAAAUGCCUGAUUAUGGUCAACAGGCAGUUCUGUUCGAACAGUCCUCACAGCAAGGAUAAAUGUACCAGGCUGGGUUAUUGCUUGCAGGUUAGUAAACACUGGGGUUCACGUUCCCGCUGAUAAUUGUUUCAUUUAAAUUUCAGUGUGUGUGCAAGUUGCUGUUAGACUCACUAAAUCUUAGAAAUAAAGAUUAGAUAUAAAGAAAAAGUAGUACAGGUAGCAUAUUAAGCUAAGAGUGCAGAAUUGUUCCCUAGAAUAUAUUUUCUAGUGUUAGGGAUGGGGAGAGGAGUGUUUCUUAUAGGUUUCUAAGCCUGGGGCUUCUACUGCUUCUCAUGGGAGAGUAUUCUAGAGUCUACUAAAAAUCAGCAUAGAAAGCUUUUCUUGAUAAUUAAUUUAAAUAACCCUUUUUCUAAUUUUUUAUCUCAUUAGUCCCAGUUACACCCUUUUGCACCACCCAAAAUAAUUCUUCUAACUGUGAUGUAUAUCCUUUCAAUACUUUUAAAUAGCGAUCAAGUUCAUUGCCUUUGCUUAUUUGUUACAGAGGCUAUGAAUCACCUCACCAACACCCCCAAUUCAUUUCUUCAGUCUCAUCUUCUGUUCACUUUUCAUGGAAUUCCAUCUAUUACAAAAUAAAUAAAUAAAUAAAAAUCCUAUUUCCUAAAAUUUAUGUCGAGGCCUGAUUUUAAACACAUUUUGCAGUAAUGUGUGGAAGAGUUCAGAUGCAGCAUGACUGUGGCAGUGUCUUUUAUGUCAGUAUGAUUUAACGAAGCCAACCAAUAAGCACUAGAGCCAAACAAACAGUACCUACUUAACAAAGUAGCAAUUUGUUAAAAUUUAAAUGGUUGUUACUAGUAUGAAAACAGAAAUUUUCACGUGCCCAUGCUUUUCAGUGCAUUAAACGGUAAUCAUUACCAAUACGUUUCUUUAAGACAGACUGGUGUAUGUUGUUUCUCCUCAGAUCUGACUGGUAGAAUGCUCCUACUUUCUAAAAUGAUUUCUAGCCUCACGUUAACUGCUGCAGUGAAACAGAGUCGUGCCAACCUUUCUCAGCACUGCUGUGCCUAACAUUAUGUUUCAGAUUUGCAAUGCACAUAUGGUCUCUGGCUGUCACGAUGACUAUAUGGUUAGUUUUCAAGCAUGCCCCAAGCAAAUCUCUGUUCUCUGGCUCAGAAGCCUGAUUACCCAGGCAGCCACCUAGGAUGUACACAGUCAGCUUGGCUCUUUUAUUUGGUAUUUUUCCUUCUUCUACUCCACCUGACUGUACCUGAAAGCCAAAAUAACUGAGGUCCUCGUGCUCAAAGGCUGUGGGGAUUCUUGCAUCACCAUCUCACUAUAACCUGAGUGAAGUUAAACCAUCUCCCUCACUUGCUCUGUUUAAAAGAAGUAGCGCAAACAGGAGAGCAGGCACACUUUGCCUUCCAGGGUUGACUUCCCUCGGCACAUCUCUGUGCCUCAUCAUCUAGCACUGUACAGAUGAUAUUAUAUGGAAUGUUAAUUGCCAUCACCUAAUCAAACAGAUGACUUCCUUGAAGUUGGCUAAUAAAAGGCAUGAGAAAAGUUAGCAGAAAUGUCUUUCCAUUCUCUAAAAAACCUGUGUCACUACAGAUGCCCAUCAAUCCCCAGACCACGUUUCCAAAAAUGAGCCAUGGCAUGAAUAAUUCAAUAAAUUAUUAAGUCUAAUAGAUUACAUGGGGAGACAAUUAAGUCUUGCAAGUUGAGGUUGCAACACAGAGGGAGACAAAAGACUUCCUGAGCAAGGAACUAUGAAAUAUGGCUUAUCAUGUGAUGAGCAGCAGAGCAGGAAUCAGAAAUUCACCUCAAUGUUGCUGGAGCUUGGUAAAAGGGGUUGUUUCUGGUUAUAAUUGUCCAGAUAGUUAUGAAAUAGCUUACAUGUUAUUCAAGCUGCAGAAUUUGAAGAGCUGAAAAAUAAUCUCAUACAGAGUGUAACAGCUCUGGGCUCUAAUUGGCUGGGGCAAUUCAGCCUCUCAUUUCAUUGUAGCUUGACAGUAAAAGUGUUACUUCAUCUAAUUGCAAAAAUGUAGAACUUUUCACAUGUAGUUCAUCAUUUCCCAGAUUUGCUUCUGUAUCAGUGCAUUAGUUCUUGUUGAGAAGCAGUAACUGCAUUUGGUAGUGUCUCUUUUGUAGCUUGGGAUCGUUUCCUAGCAGACAGUCUGAUCUCUGUGUAAUUGUGGCCACUUCUAUUGACAAUAAAAAAUAUGCCAGAUGGGAUUCAAAUGAACACAUACUCUAUGGUUAUGACCAUAGAGGAUGACCAGCUCUAUGGUUGUGACUGUGUUUCAAACCAACAAUCUCUUCAGUCCAGGAGAGAUACUCAUUAUAUAAAAUACCUUAAUGUGUAUGUGAAACAAUCAUAAAACACAUCUUGAAAUGUCUUGUUGCAGAUGCUAAAUACAUUUAUGAAAGUGUGAAUAUAUACAAUUUAUGCAGGAUGAUGAGUUAAAUGACUAUAUGCAAUGAAAAAUAAAAAUAUGAACUUAAAAUGAUUUUUGAACACAGAAAAAAAAUCUGCUUUUUUAAAAAGAAAAUUUUUCUUUAUGAAGAUGUACAGUAAAUGUUGACACGUAGUAACAUACAUGAAAGUUAACUUUACAUAGAUUGGGAAUAAGUUGUGUGCAACCCUCCUCCCGUCUGUCCCCCCAUGGCAUAGUGGUGUAUUUCAUUAAAAAAACAAACAUGUCA